GCCUAAUUAUGGCUCAUUGUGAACGGUUUGCCUUUACCUAACAUCUGACAUCCAGUCUGAACGCAGUGAUCUUUAUGGCAGAUUUGCUCAGCCUGCUGUAAAUCCAGCAUUUAUCACUCAGUGACUGUACUCAUGAGAAGCAUUGUGAUCGUCACUAACUGCAGGAAUAUAAACCUCUCACUCCUGCAGCAGAAUAAUGCCAUCGAAUACAUCAACUCAUCCAGCUGAGACAAGGGAACGAACAGUUCAAUUGAAAUCGAAAGGUCUUAUGAUGAUGUAAAAAUUGUCAGUUCUAUGCAACAGAUUGAUUACCAUCCAUUGCAUUAUAACCCUCUGAAAAACCAAAGUAAAGGCCUGGAGACACAUCUAAUGUGACAGAGUGCUUUAAGCUUUAAUGUUUUUAUCUGAUAUAGCUCUAAUGUUUCUGUUUGUUAAUUAUCCAGGUCAAGUGUAGGGUUAUUUUGCUCAGUCAGACUAAACCUGUUGUCAAAAAUCCCAUGAUGAAAUACAGUACACAAUAGCAGACGUCACACUGUAAUAGUCUGAAUUCAUGAGGGUGAUUUACAGAAAGUAAAGUCUACAGUCUCUGUUUAAUUCUGACUAAUUAUCCCUCUCAAAAAGAAUUAUAAUGUUUAUUCUUUAGCUGUAGACUCUGGUCCAUUGCCACGUUGUCCGUUCGAUUUAUCAUUGUUGCUUUGUUUGCAGGUUCUUUAGACAUCUUGCCUCAUUCUUCUGUGGGUUAAUUCAUGCUGUUCUUUAAACUAAACCUACACCCUCGUGUUUACACUCUCAUGUUUGCUUCUAAUAUUAACCUCUCAGGUUUUGUAUUGUUUUGUGAAAAUAUUGCUCAAGUGGUGUCACAUGUCACUGCUGACAUGGGAACAUGUUCCUGAGAUCAUUAAGAUGCUGGGAAUAUAAAGGGAAUAGUGUGGGACUUGACCACAACAUCUCAUAUGGGCAGAAGGACGCAAAAAUGUUUGCAGUGACAAUUUGUAUCCUGGGGUUGCUCCAUAUGAGCGCUGCCUGCAGCUUGUCAGGCAUCUGUACGGACCUGCCUUCUGUCCAGCAGGAGAUCGUGGAUGUACACAACGCCUUCCGAAGGGCUGUGGUGCCAACUGCCAGCAACAUGCUCAAAAUGAGUUGGAGCGAUGCUGUGGCACAGUCAGCUCAGAGCUGGAUUGAUCAGUGUAACAUUACACACGGACCACCGAGCAGCCGCAUGAUUGACGGAUAUGAAACGGGUGAAAAUCUCUUCAAGGCCUCUGAGGAUUAUUCAUGGACCAAAGUGAUAAAUGCCUGGCACAGCGAAGUCAACAAUUAUGAAUAUCCCACCGGAUCCACCAACGGUCUGUCGAUUGGACAUUACACACAGGUGGUGUGGUACAGCUCGUACGAGGUCGGCUGUGCCGUGGCUAAGUGUGGAAACUCCUACUUCUACGGAUGCCAUUACUACCGCGCAGGGAAUUUCAGAGGAGUCCCGCCGUACUCGCAGGGCGAACCGUGUGCCGCUUGUCCGGGCAACUGUGAAGACGGUCUGUGCACUAAUCCAUGUCCGUACAUCAACACGUUCAGCAACUGCGAUGAACUGAAAGAAAUAGCCACUUGUGACCACUCCUUCGUGAGCGAGUAUUGUCCAGCCAGUUGUCUCUGUGAAGACAAAAUCCACCCUAUUGCAAGGAAAUGAAAUCUUCUAUGGCCAUAUUGCAUGAAGUGAGGCCUGUUUUGGAUAGUUGUAGCACAUAUCUCCUAUAAUGUGAUAUAUAUAUAUAUAUACAUAUUCUUACUUCUUUCUAAUUCUGUUCUUUCUAUAUGUGGAAUACCUCAUGUGAUGAUUAUUCAAAAUCAAGGGUACUGUACUUUAACAAUAUGAUGGAAAAGGCCAGUCUGCAUUGCUUUGUAUCAUUACCUCAACCUUUUUUUCAGUAAGGCCUAUAUGAGUGAAGCCAUUUGUGUUUUAUAAGCCUUGUAAUCCCACAUACUGAAAACAAUAGCUGCUGGAGAAAGCUCAGCUUAAGACAGGAUACGUCACAAAAGACAGACUGAGUCCAUGUAAUGAUAUUUUCUGCAAUACUGCACCCUAUUCCUGCAGUUUAUGUAAUAACAUCACUUUAUUAAAAUCAUUCAAGUGAUUUUAGAUCAUGUCAUCAUGCUUCACUGAUCCAUGCAAGUCCACAUUAUAAAUCAAUAAGCAAUGUUAGGCUGUAGACAGUGCUUUCACUCUGGCAAAAAUAAUUGCACUUUUACCUAGGUGUCCAGCAGGCGACGCUGUUGCACACUAUAUGAUCAACACAAACAUUUCCUGCUUCCUGUCAGAAAUUAUUAGAAUACUUGUCUUUUCCUUUCAGCUGAUGAUCUGUGUUAUAUGUGUAUAACCACACAUCCGUGUCUGGCGUGUUUCUCUAGCGCGUGCAACUUUCAUCUGCUUGAAAGCUACUUGUUGAAAUGUGCAUGUCACGUGUAUGAGAACACAAUAUGAGGAGGCGGGCUUAAACUGCUCAGGGUGGUCAAAUAACAAGCAAGCUUUCAUGUGUCAGUGAUUCAGUGCUGGGGAAAUUAAAAGAGCAAAAUCAUGCAGUC